ACUGUAAUUCUUUUGUUUCUUUCCCUUUCAAGAAUAUAAUUCAUUGUCUUUUAGUUAUAAAGGGAAAGUUGAGUAGAGAUGGGGUGAGUGGCCCAUGAAAAGGAAAAUGGACGUAAUUGUUCCUAUAGUUUCGCAUUAAUCAAUGGGUACAAUACGAAUUCAAGUGGUCUAAACUUUUUUUAAGAGGGAAACCCGCAUUCGCUACAACUUCUGUCACAGCCUUUGCCCUUCGGGUGAUGGUGAGUACUUUGUGCGCACUUGGUAAACCUCCCCAUGUGUAAUAUGCCUGCAAACCACACAGAGAAUAUAAACCGCACUAGGCAAGCCCUGUGCGACAGGCUCAACCAAAAGGCAUUGAGGGGAGAUUCGAUCUCAGGUUAUCCCUCCGAACCAAUUGAGCAACCCCGAAGUUACUAGUUCUUCGUCUGUUGCUUCUCGAGAGGAGUUGAGGAGUAGAAUUGAGUCAUUUCAUAUGCUAGGGAAGGAUGGUGCUUCCAAGAGUGACUCUGCAGAAAAGAAACUUUCAUGGCUGCGUUCUCAGAUCAUUGGUGAAAAUAUCGAUUUUGAGACACCCUUUGGGAAACGUAGGCUUACUUAUGCUGAUCACACUGCCUCUGGAAGAUGCCUUCGCUAUAUUGAAAAUUACAUCACUGACAACGUCCUUCCUUUUUAUGGUAACAGUCAUACCAGUGACAGUUAUGUGGGAUACCAAACCACGAAAAUAGUGAAUGAAGCAGCAGCCUACGCGAAGAAAUGCUUAGGGGGAGGAGAAGAAGAUGCUAUCAUAUUUUGUGGUUCUGGUUCAACUGCAGCCAUUAAAAGGCUCCAAGAAGUCAUGGGGAUAUCAGUCCCUUCAAUCCUAAGAGAAAAAGUCCUCACAAAAUGCUUCCGAAAUGAAACAAAAGAGAGAUGGGUGGUCUUUGUUGGACCUUAUGAGCAUCACUCCAACAUCCUUUCAUGGAGACAAAGUUUAGCAGAAGUUGUGGAGAUUGGUUUGGAUGAAAACGGUCUUGCGGAUAUUGAAGCUUUGAGAGCUCAGCUUGAGUUCUAUAAGUCUACGAAUAGGCCAUUGUUGGGUUCAUUCUCAGCCUGUAGUAAUGUCACUGGAACUUACUCUGAUACGAGAGCCAUCGCUCGUCUUCUUCACAAAAAUGGAGCUUAUGCUUGCUUUGAUUUCGCCACAAGUGCCCCUUAUGCAAAAAUAGACAUGAGAUCAGGAGAAACAGAUGGCUAUGAUGCUGUUUUCCUUAGUCCCCACAAGUUUCUUGGAGGGCCAGGGACACCGGGAAUCCUUUUAAUGAACAAGGCACUCUAUCGGUUGAGAACUUCACCUCCAUCAACUUGUGGUGGUGGAACUGUUGAUUUUGUCAACCCCUUUUAUGAAAAGGAUACAAUCUAUGUGGAGAACAUUGAAGAAAGGGAGGAGGCUGGAACACCACCAAUCAUCCAGAAAGUGAGAACAGCUCUAGCAUUUUGGGUGAAAGAGUUCAUAAGUCACAAAGUAAUCGAAAGAAUGGAGCACGGCUAUAUUCAACUUGCACUAGAAAGGCUUCUCCUGAACCCUAAUAUAUGGGUUUUGGGAAAUGUAACAGCGAAGAGACAAGCUGUGCUUUCUUUUCUCAUUUAUACCACAACUUACUCUUCAUCAAGUGAUAACAGUGGUGAAAACAACAAGCUUUACCUAUGGAGAGAGACGGGAAACAAGAAAGAUAAGCCUCUUCACGGCCGUUUUGUCGCUAAACUGCUUAAUGACCUAUUUGGUAUCCAGGCUAGAGGAGGGUGUGCUUGUGCAGGACCCUAUGGACAUACCUUAAUCAAGAUUGAUGAGCCUCAGUCGCUUGCCUUUAAAGCUGCAAUCGAAUUGGGCUAUACUGGAGUGAAGCCGGGAUGGACAAGGGUCAGUUUUCCCUACUACAUGUCCAAGGAAGAAUUUGAGUUCAUUAUAGCAGCAAUAGAAUUCAUAGCCAUUUAUGGACAGAGGUACCUUCCAAUUUACAAUUUCAACUGGAAGAGUGGUGCUUGGACUUUCAACAAAAAGGCUUUCGAGGAGGCACUCAUUGAGAAAGAUGAGAAAGAUCAAAAUUGCCAUUUUUGUGGCUCGCCAAUGAAGGGAUUGAACCUAGAUUGCCACAACACAAAAGACAACAACCAUGGAGAAGGCAUCACAAAAGAAGGCCUAAUUUGCAGGUAUGUAAAGUACCUUGAGACAGCCAAGCGCAUUGCUGGCCUCCUUCCCAAGUUCCCGCCUCAACGAUCGAUACCUGAAGAAAUAAACCCUAAUCUUGUACAAUUUAGAGUCUGAAGAUUGUAAAUCACAUUGCUGAACUUAUACUAUUGGAAAGAGAAUGCUUGUUCUCAUUCUCCAAUAUGAUUCUGCAGUUGUCUAAUAUUUGGUAGGGUAAAUACAAGUGUUAUUAUAUGUAAUAAACUAGAAGAAUAAGAUGGCCUAAACUAUAUUUUAAAGAUUUUCUUUUUUCUUAUGAUUGUUAUGAAAUUCAUGUUUAAUCCAUUAGAAACAGAAUGUUCAUUCUCAUUGUUGGAAAAGAUCGUGUCA